GGGCUGCCCGGCUAGCGGCCCGCAGUGCCCGGCGAGCGUCCCGCACAUGGCCCGCGCCACGGAGCCCGAGCGGCGGCUGCUGGCCGUCUACACGGGCGGGACCAUCGGCAUGCGCAGCGAGGGCGGCGUGCUGGUCCCCGGGAAGGGCCUGGCCGCCGUUCUGCGCUCACUGCCCAUGUUCCAUGAUGAGGAGUACGCCAGGGCCCGUGGACUCACAGACGACACCCUGGCACUGCCGCCCGCCAGCCCCGGCCAGAGGAUCAUCUACACCGUCCUGGAGUGCCAGCCGCUCUUCGACUCCAGCGACAUGACCAUCACCGAGUGGGUUCAGAUCGCACAGACCAUUGAGAGACACUAUGAGCAGUACCAUGGCUUCGUGGUCAUCCACGGCACCGACACCAUGGCCUUCGCCGCCUCGGUGCUCUCCUUUGUACUGGAGAACCUGCAGAAGCCCCUCAUCCUCACUGGAGCCCAGGUGCCCAUCCAUGCGCUGUGGAGCGAUGGCCGAGAGAACCUGCUGGGGGCCUUACUCAUGGCUGGCCAGUAUGUGAUCCCCGAGGUCGGCCUGUUCUUCCAGAACCAGCUGUUUCGAGGAAACCGGGUGACGAAGGUGGAUGCCCGCAGGUUUGCCGCCUUCUGCUCGCCCAACCUGCCCCCGCUGGCUGUCGUGGGCGCGGACGUCACCAUUAACCACGAGCUGGUUCGGAGGGUGCACGGGAAGGACCCCCUGGUGGUGCACAGCGACAUGGAGCGUGACGUGGGGCUGCUGCGCUUGUACCCUGGGAUUCCCGCCGCCCUGGUGCGCGCCUUCCUGCAGCCCCCACUCAAGGGCGUGGUCAUGGAGACCUUCGGCGCCGGCAACGGGCCCACCAAGGCCGACCUGGUCCAGGAGCUGCGCGCGGCGGCCGAGCGCGGCCUGGUCCUGCUGAACUGCACGCACUGCCUGCAGGGCUCCGUCACCACCGACUACGCGGCCGGGAAGGCCAUGGCGGGGGCCGGCAUCGUCUCUGGCUUCGACAUGACCUCGGAGGCGGCCCUGGCCAAGCUGUCCUAUGUGCUGGGCAGGCCCGGGCUGAGCCUGCAGGGCAAGAAAGAGCUGCUGGCCCGGGACCUGCGGGGGGAGAUGACCCGGCCCUCUGAGGCCGAGCACCGGCCGUCUCUGCAAGGCGGCCCCCUGCGCCUAGGGCUCGCCCACCUCCUUGGCCUCAGCCAGGAGGCCACCGCUGUCCGGGAUGCACUGAUGCCCAGCCUGGCCUGUGCCGCAGCCCACGCGGGCGACCUGGAGGCGCUGCAGGCCCUGGCUGAGCUGGGCGGCGACCUGAGCCUGGGGACCGUGGAUGGCUGGACGCCCUUGCAUGCGGCUGCUCGAGGUGGCCAUGCCGGCGUGGUGUCACUGCUGCUGCGGAGGGGGGCGGACGCCAACGCCCGCGCCGACGGUGGCCUCAGCCCGCUGCAGCUGGCCGCACGGGGCAGCUUGCACCCCAGCCCGACCGACCGGUCUCGCUGCUGGAGACGCCCACCGCCCCGGCCCGCCCCUGUGGGAACCUGCCUGAGGCAUCGGGGGGUCAUUGGCCUGCUGAGGGCCGCAGGGGCCUGCCUGUCCCCCCAGGAGCUAGAGGACAUGGGCACUGAAUUGUGCAGGCUGGCGUCCAGGGCAGACCAGGAAGGCCUGCAGGCGUGGUGGCAGGCGGGAGCUGACCUGGGCCUGCCGGGCUAUGAUGGACGCAGCGCUCUGGAUGUUGCGGAGGCAUCUGGGAACCGGGAGGUGGUCUCCUUCCUACAGCGCCUGCUGGGCGCACGGGGGCCGGCCCCCCGUGACUGACCACACAGUAGUCGCCCCGUCGUCGUCGCCCCGGAGUUCCUCCGGCUCCCUGCGACCGGGCUCUGGGAGGCCCCCGGAGGCCGGCCGCCCCCACAUGCCCAGGAAGUGCUGCUCCGAGUCUCGCCCGACGCGGACCUGCUGCAGCGUCAGCCCUGGCGUGUCGGGGCCUGCGAGCUCCAGCCGGGCAGCGUCUUCCGGCCAGCCCGCAGGCUCCGUGGGCAUCACUGCAAUAAAGUCUCCGGGCCACUCCCUCCCGGGU